AUGAGGCAUCUUGCUACGCAGUCGACCAAUCUUAGGGUGACGUGUAAAUACAACACAUAUGGUCCUCAGUGCAAGGACUAUGCUCAAGCAGAACUCGAACACCACAAUUUCUUUGCAACAUUCAACAGCAAAUGUAGAGUUUACGAACGCAUCUACAUCCGAGGGAUUGAAUGUAGGAACUGCACCGCUCUGACCAGUCACCCAAGUGACCCCGCCUGGCACAUUGAUAACUACACAAGUUCAGCCUAUGGAUGCGAUUUUGAUGGAAAACCAGGAAUGGGAGAGAGUGAGUAUAACUUUGGAUGGUAUACUCUUGGAAAAGUAAACACAGAUCACCGAUGCACAUCAUCUAAAUCGGCGACAACUCAACUUCUGCAAGAAUAUGAAGCUUCUCGGUGGAAAAGUCCGCAUACAGAAGGACAAGAUUCUUCAACAGUGACCCAUGAACAUAGCCUCGACGUCACUACUCACCAAGAUGAUUCGGUCCACGGUGAGUAUUUGAUAACUCGACUUCAAGAGGACGGAGGCAGUGGUGAAAGCGUGAGCGGGAUGGGAAGUAGUAAAGAUAUUGGAUCGGGUAAACCUGGACGCGUUAGUGGAUCCAAAGUUCUGCAUAACAGUCCUGACAGGAUGUCUGCCACAGAUGGACCGAACGGAGCAUCAGAAAUGAACGCUUACAGAGGAGGGAUGCGUAAACCAAAAGUUGAUUCGAGAUUGAAAUCCUUUUGCAUCGGAAAGUCAAGCGGAAUUUACACAAAUCCUUUCGAACAAAAGAGCUUUAUUGUCUGCUCUAAUGGAGUGUCAGAGGAGAGAGAGUGUCCUGGGCCUUUGUUGUUUAAUCCAAAAGAAAAGAUGUGUGAUAUACCAGAUCAGAGUAAAACCCGUGGGAACAAAGAAAAGGAAAGAAACUACUAGCUAAGAAGUGAUUGCGAUGUGUUCGUCGAUAAAUCCUUUUUCAGUACUAGUGGCCACUAUUUAUCUCAUGGAAAAUUUGCCUUAAAUAGAACACUUUAAAAAUUUUAGUUUAGUGUACACUGUAACUCGCAUUGACGAACAAUAUCUUCAGACGUUUACAUGAAUGAUGUAAUGUGUGCUGGCAUGGCUUCCACCAACCAGACAAGUCUGCAUUUAUUUCCAAAUCUAAGAAGAUAUUUUCCAGCCGAACCUUGGAAAAAAACUUAUUCCAGUAAAGCAGAGUUCCUCUCUAUGCUCUGAUAUUUAUUUCCUAAUUAGCCUGUAUAGAUAUUCUAACCAUUAUUCUUGGAUGGGCCUAUUUUAAUCGACAGACAUCUACAAAGCAACAGAAGAGAAUAAAAAGAAUUGUAAGACUUAACGAGGAUCUCAAAAUCUUUCUCGCCGACGAUGAAGGCUUACUCUUUGGAUAGUAUUUCUCGUUUACUUUAUGCUCUUUGUUUAGUUGGUGACUAGAAAUUAUCUUUUACAUUUUUGAGGAUAUGGUUCAAGAUGGCGCUAAGAAUGA